AUGCUUUCGUAAAAAAAAUAUAAAGAAGAUGACCAAAACUUUUAAGGAUAUAUUAAAGAAAAUUAUGAUGAAGACAGUGAUGAUUAGUCUAGGAAAAAACCAACUUUAAUUAUGAAUGUUUAAGGUAAUUCCAGAUUUUAUUGAGAGAUACUCGAUAUAAUAUCGUCAAAUUUGUAGGAUAAAAAAUAUUUAAAUGGAAAUUAUAAUAUGAGAAUGAUGGAAAUUAAUGGGAUAUCUUUUGGACAGAUGCUUCUGUGCAAUCAGAAACUUUGGGAAAAAUGCAACGUUUUAAUUUAUAAUUAUUUUCUAUAGCUCAUCAAAAAAUAAAUCAUUUUCCAGGCAUGUUCUCACUUUCUAGGAAAAAUCAUUUGGGAAAAAAUCUCAUGAAAAUGAAGAAACAAUUUCCUUAUGAGUAUAAAUUCUUUCCAAAAACCUGGUUAUUGCCAACAGAUUAUGGAGAGUUCAGAAAUUAGUUUAUGAAUGGGAAAACAAAAACUUUCAUUAUUAAACCAGAAGCUAGUUGUUAGGGCAGAGGAAUUUUUCUAACUAAAGACAUUGAUGACAUCGAUCCGAAUGAUCAUUAAGUAGCCUAACGAUAUCUGGAUAGACCUUUCUUAAUAGAAGGAUUAAAAUUUGAUUUAAGAGUAUAUGUACUACUAGCUGGGACAGACCCUAUGAGAAUUUAUGUGUAUCAAGAUGGUUUAGUGAGAUUUGCUACUGAACCAUAUGUGGCACCCUCAUUUAAUAAUAUUGAUGAUGUUUGUAUGCACUUGACUAAUUAUGCUAUUAAUAAAGGAAAUCCUAAUUUCAUAUUUAACAAUGAUGCAUCUAAAAUGGAUGUUGGACAUAAAAGAUCAAUUAAGUCAGUUUUUGGUAAAUUAGAAGAGGAAGGAUAUAACAUUUUAAAGUUAUGGUAAGACAUAUAUAAAUUAAUUAUCAAAACCUUUUGUUCAGUUCAACCAAUCUUAAGACAUCAUUAUAAAUCCUGCUAACCAGAUAAUUAUGCUAACAAUAUGUGCUUUGAAAUAUUAGGUUUUGAUGUUUUUGUAAAUAACAAGUUUUAACCUGUUUUAUUGGAAGUUAAUCACACUCCUAGUUUUACCACUGACACACCUUUGGAUUCUCUAAUAAAAAAGAAUCUUAUUAGGGACACUCUAAUAUUGAUGAAUGUAAAUCUAAAAGCAAAAGAAUAAAUUAUUAGAUCAAGAAAAGAGCAAUUAAAAUAAAGAGUGUUAACAGGAAAAUAUUAGAAGAUUUCUCCUGAAGAAAAAUAAGCAUUAAUUUAAAAAUUCUAAAAACUUAGGGAUGAAUACGAAGAUAACAAUUUGGGAGAUUUCGUUAAAAUAUAUCCAUUGUCAGAUUGUGGAGAGUAUACUCGAUUUAUAGAAUUUGCAACUUUAAUGUAGGAUUAUUGGACAGGAGCAAGUAAUUAUAAAUUCAUUUAUUCAAGAAAUAAAUAGAAAUAUAAAAGUGGAAGUUAAUAACGUUAAUAAAAAUAACAUACAUUCUGUCAAUAAUUUUUAGAAACAACAAAGAAAUUCAAAAAAGAAAGAACAAGAAGUUCUGAUUAAUUAACAUGGAUUCUUAAAUGAAGAACCAGAGACUUAACAUUAUGAGAAAUAAGCGAAUACUUAGAAUUAAUUUAAAAGAUAGGUAUAUUAAUUAUGAAUAUUUAGUAAUAAUUAAAUAUGAAGGAAACUUAAUAAUAAUAAUUAACCAUGCAUCAUUUACAAUAAAAAAUAUUAGAUCAAGAUGUUAUUACCAAUGAAUAUCAGCCUGCUUCAUCAAACAAGUAAUUAAAUUUUUAAAAUCCUCAGUAAAUAUGA